GUGUCAACUAUGGCAUUUUAGCCUAAAAUGUCCAAGAUUUCUAAAAUAUUGACGAGUCGCACACUCAGAUCCCCGCACCCGAUACGACACCCGUAGACGAGUCCAGGCAACAUGGGACACUGAUGCAGGAGUAUUUCAUUUCCAUUUUCUUCACUAUUUUAAUUCUGCUGGAAUUUUUCGUCCUCUCGCGUAAAGUGUUCUUUUGAAAAAGAAAAUAACUAUGAGGGUUUGUUGAGGUGGAUGCAUCAAUUGCAUCAUAAUGCAUUGCUGCCUUUCACUAAAUAGUAGUGAUAUAAAUCCUUAAGAUACGUUACAAGGGCAGGCCUCUUUCUUUAAAUAUUUUAAUCACUUGUAUUUAAUUUCUACAUUCUUUUGUUAAUAGUUCUUUAGCGUGUGAGUCCGGACGAGGAUUGGACAGACGCCUUUCUGAGGUUUUGCUAAAUGGAGCGGAUUAGAGGACGCUACACUUUUCCUUUUUCUUGUUGACUUUUCUUCACUGAAUUUAGACAUAUUUUCCAAAGAAAACACACCCAAUAAAGCCCCACAUAUAUUUUUCAUUGAUUUUUUCCGUUUGCGUGUGAACCCUCUAUAUCAUCACAUAUGCAUGAAUCAAUUUUUUCAUGCAUGUGCAGGGUAAUUAAUCAUGUAUAGGAAUAAUCAUCCAUCAUCAUCGGAUUGGAGAUGAUUAUGGAAGGCAAUGAUCGAAACCCUUUUCUCAAUUCGAUGAGGGCGAGUUUAACAAGGCCGCCUUCAUGGGUGAUUUCGUGGGUUUUCUUCGCCGUAUUGAUCAUCUUAACCAUUCAAAUCACCAACAAAUCGGUUUUCCAGGUUCAUCCCCUGUUUUUUGGUUUUUCCGACGAACAGGCCGGCGGCAUCCGCGGCGGUGAUGACACGGCGAUGAAGACUUGUUCUGGGUUCUUCAAACCGGUGCCGGAGAGAAAAGUGGUGAAAUCCAUCGUGGAGUUCGGCGGCGUCGGGGAUGGGAAAACGUCGAACACGGCGUCGUUUAGGGCGGCUAUGGCGGAUAUGGAAAGGUUCAAAGGUAGUGGUGGGGCGACGUUGAUUAUUCCUAAAGGGAUUUGGCUUACUGGGAGUUUCAAUCUCACCAGUAAUUUCACACUCUUUCUAGAAGAAGGUUCUGUUAUUUUAGGAAGUCAGGAUCCAAGUGAGUGGCCCAUUGUUGAGCCAUUGCCUUCCUACGGAAGAGGACGAGAAAGACUUGGAGGAAGACACAUAAGUCUGCUUCAUGGAAACAACCUAACCAAUGUUGCCAUUACAGGUCAGAAUGGGACAAUUGAUGGGCAAGGAAAGAUGUGGUGGGAUCAAUGGUGGAAUAGAACAUUGGAGAACACCAGAGGCCAUCUCCUUGAACUCAUCAACUCCCACAAUGUUCUCAUUUCAAAUCUCACUUUUCGUAAUUCUCCUUUCUGGACCAUCCAUCCCGUUUAUUGCAGUAAUGUUGUUGUGAAAAAUAUGACUGUAUUGGCUCCUCUUAAUGCUCCCAAUACGGAUGGAAUAGACCCAGAUUCAAGCACCAAUGUAUGCAUUGAAGAUUGUUAUGUUGAGAGUGGGGAUGAUCUUGUAGCGGUGAAGAGCGGUUGGGACCAAUACGGUAUCGCCAUUGCUCGUCCGAGCUCAAAUAUCGUCAUCAGAAGAGUUUCCGGCACAACUCCGACCUGUUCAGGCCUUGGAAUCGGUAGCGAGAUGUCCGGCGGGAUCUCGAACAUAACAGUGGAAGAUAUGCACAUCAGGAAUUCGGCAGCUGGCGUCCGGAUCAAAACCGACCAAGGCCGCGGAGGUUAUAUCGAAAACGUCACCAUAAACAACAUAUACAUGGAGAAUGUGAAGAUUCCGUUGAGAUUCAGCAGGGGAGCAAAUGACCAUCCUGACGAUGGAUGGAAUCCGAAAGCUCUACCCAAAAUUAAGGGCAUCGUUAUAAGUAACGUGGUCAGCUCGGGGACGAAGAAACCGCCGUUGCUGGAGGGCAUCCAGGGUUCUCCCGCUGAAGGUAUUUGCAUGAAAAAUGUUAGUAUUCUUGGCCUUUCUCCGUCACUCAAAUGGCACUGCGAAUAUGUGUCUGGUUUUAGUUUUCAGGUUUUUCCUGAACCUUGUGAUCAUUUGCGGAAAAACGACUCUACAUUUUGGUGCUCUUCGAAUUCUUGAGUUAGGUAAUAGAUUUUAUAUAUGUUAACGUAGAUUAGUGCUCAUGGAAUAGCGAUAGUAUUGCUUCUUUUUUAAAAAAAAAAAAAAAAAAAAAUUGGUUCCAUUUCUUUGGAGAGAAAGAGGGCCAAUUGUCAAUAGUUUAGAAAAGAGAGAGAAAAAAAGUUCUUGAGAUGCAAGAAUUAAAAUUAUAAAUUUAAUUAUUAUUCUCCACAUUGGAGGAAUUUGCAGUAAUACUUGUCCAAUGCUAUGCUGUAAUUCCUUUUCCAAGUUCCAACUAACGAAGUUUAGAUUACCAAAAGAAG